AUGGCUUUACGUUCUAAUGGUGACGAUACUACACAGACUGUCGUUCCAAUAUAUUUUGGUUGCAACACGAAAUUUGGUGAUGCUGCUUCUACACCCUUGAAAAUGAUCAAGUUGCAUGUUGAGCAACAAGUGAAUGCAACAUUUCCACUCAUACAUCAGGUGGCAACAACAAUGACAUUUAAAAAUGAUUAUAACAGAAUAUUAGAAGGAGCUUUAGAAUUUACAUUACCUGAAACCGCGAUAAUCUGUGGAUUCGGUCUUGAUGUUGGAAAGGAAAAAGCUCGGGUGACAUUUGAACAAGAAGUCCGGAAAGGUGUUGACCCUGGCUUAGUCGAAAUGGUUGAAGGAAAUAUAUUUCGUACGAGAGUUUAUCCAAUACAAGCCGGACGCACACGAAUACCUUUUGUAUACUCAAAUGGUAAAUAUUGCUCCAAACUUCACCAAGUUAACGUUGAACCAUUGGAAGGUGAACAGUCGAUUUCUUAUAUACUUAAAAAUUUGGCACCAGGACAACCCGUCUACAGCGUAGAAAUUGAUCACGAUGAUCAUAAUCAAGCCUAUUUUGCUCUAUCGUAUAGGCCACCAUUACCACAAUUCAAUGAAAAUGCACUUGAUAGUCAAAAAACAAUGUUCGUUUGUAUAUUAUGGGAUGCAAGCUUAAGUCGGUCUAAUAUUGAAAAUCGGAAUCACGAAAUAAAUAUGCUCAAAAUUAUAUUAGACACUUGGCAAUCAAAUGGCAUUAAUGUUAACUUAACCGUAGUUGUAUUCCGCAAUGUAUUUGAAGAACCGAAGACAUUUCAACUAGAUGAACAGGAUUAUUGGUCGAAACUUGAUCAAUUUUUAACCAAUCUAUCAUAUGAUGGCGCAAUAAAUUUAUGCCAACUAGCUACAAUUUCAACUAGGGUUCUAAAUGUGACGCACUAUUUUUUAUUUAGCGAUUGUCUUUGGACAGUUGGUAAUGAUGAUCCAACACUAUUCGAUCGGUGGACAACAAAACCAAUUUGGAUAUUGAAUGCCAAUUUCGCGCAUGAAUCAACAAAUUUUUCAUUGAUUAAUCAUUUAACUAACCUCAGUGGCGGUGGANUUUUGACCAUACCCUGA